CUGUUUGAAACCCGCUCUCUUGGUAAUAUCUGCCACUCUAUGUCUUCCUCGUGAUCCUGGGGUCUUUAGCCGUUAGAGCUUCCCACUGAAUCGGCUACCUUGACCUUCGCGAAGUCUACCUCCUCUGCGUCAACACGUCUUGGAGUUACCUUUUGCAAGACACAUUCGAGACGAGAUUCUUCGCUGUUCUACCUACCCACAAAUCUCGAGAUGUCCUCGGACGUGGAAAGCGCCCACUCAAACAGUCGGCCCGAGGCUCAGGAUCAUCAAGAUGUUUUGGAUGGGGCAGACGCGUCCGACGAUGGCGAUCUCUUUGGCGACGACGAUGAAGGAUCUGACAUGGCCAACGAGACAAAUAGGAAACUAGAUGACUCCGAACUCGAUUCCGGCGACGAUGAAGGGCGUAACGACCGGAUUGCGGAAACGGUCGAGGGCGCCGAGUACUCAACCCCGGAGCAGAAGGCUCUGAAGCUGAUGAACAUCGACAUGUCACGGGUCAAGCCGCCUCAGGGAGAAGAAUUGUAUCUUUUGAACAUGCCAGAAUUCCUAGGCGUCAAACACAAGAAUUUCAACCCCGCAACGUACGAGCCUCCGGAGAAGCAUCACGACGGCAGGGAACCGGCGGUCGAUUCGGCCACCAAAUUCUCCCCCUUUUCUACCGCAGCCAGCACCGUCUUCUGGCGCCGAGACCCAAAAACCCCCAGCCUUCUUCAAUCAAAUUCACGCGUCAUACGCUGGUCCGAUGGCAGCUUGACUCUUCAGAUCGCUUCCGCCCCGAAAGACCACUACCGCAUCUCAACCACUGCUUUGAGACAAGGCUGGCCUAAGAAGCCCGGCUCGUCUCAACCAGACUACGACCCAAACAAAGAUACCCACAAUUAUCUUGCAGCCCCUCAAGCCGCCGUCGGCGUAGACAUCCAGAUUGUCGCCCCGUUUGACGCGUCGAUGAAGGUCCAGCCCACAGGCGACAUUGCCGACGAGUCGGUCCUGAAGCUCCAACAGUCCCUCGCUGCGGCGACACAGAUGCACGAUCCUCUGUCGAGCUUCAAAAUCAUCAACAAAGACCCCGAGAAGCGCAAGAAGGAGGCCGAGGAGUUUGAGAAACAGAAAGCCCGCAAUGCUCGCAAGGUGGAGAAUGCGCAGGACAGGCUCCUUCUCCGCAAAGACCGUGUCCUACACCGCUCCGGUCUCGGCGGACGAAGUGCUGGCCUGAGCAUCCAGGGUCUCGAAGACGACGAAGGCAUGCCCAUGGCCCGAGGCACAAAGAGCCAAGCGCGACGACGCAAGACGAAUCGUCGCGGAGAGAUCUACUCCGACGACGAGGACGAAGACCUCCCGCGCGGCCGCGGACGGGAAGACGAGUACGACCGCGAAGACGACUUCCUCGCCGCGAGUGACGAGGAGCCCGAGGUGUAUGACGACGAAGGUGGAGGUGAUGAAGUCGACGCGGAAGACGACGACGACCCGGACGUGGACGACCUGGAGAUUGAGGGAAGGGAAACGGUCAUGGAAGGACGGACCAGGGGGGGCAAUCGAGACAUUCGGGACCGAGACCGCGACAGAAGUUCGACGCCGAAGCGCGCCGCGGAAGACGACGACGACGACGACAAUGAUGGAGACGCCGCUGCCGACGAGCCGAGGGGGAGUCCCCAGAGCAGAAAGAAGAGGCGCGUCAUUGUCGAUGACGACGAGGACGACGAAUGAACGAGCCAGGGAGGGCACGGAGUGUUGGGGUUCCAAAACCUUUGUACAGCAAUAUAGCAUGCGUGGUGUUGAGAGGCUGGCGAGCUAUUGGGGGCUAGCCGUUGGGCUCACGCAGUGACGGGUGAAGCAAGAGGCAUACAGUAAUGUCAGCAGCGUUCAUUCAUCAUCGUUCCCGAAGGCACACAGAAAACCACCCCCAAAGAGUGUCAACCAUUCUGCCUUGUCUGUGCGUGUCAUUCUCCCUCCCCUGCAUGUCGCGACCGUGAUAUCAGCCUUGAAGCCCGACACACACCAAGCUGCAACUCAUUCCGUACCUGUCGGGACACGUCUCCAGCGUUCAUGUUCGUACGAGUGGACGGCCACCGUGCUGUUCCCAUGGU